UAUUAUCAAUCAGGUUUAUUUUGAAGAUCGGACACACGUAUAUCGGCGUGCUCGCAGUGCUCUCUGUAGAGAGCAGCGGAGAGAGCAGUUGGUAAAUGACUUUUCUAGAUUGUUUUCGUCAUGUACAUGGGCACCUUUGCUAGUAUAGCGAAGUGAAAAAGUGUAUGUGUAUGUGAGAAAUAUAUCGUGUCGAGCUCAUCUACUAUUUGUGAUUCAUCCUGGAUUCAUCCUGUUCACGCUUCUCGAUGGCAGAAGAAGCUACGUACGAAGUGACCGAGUAGUUAAUGUGAUGUUUUGUGAAGGCAAUAACGAGAAUGCCAAUACAGGCACCACAGUGGACUGAAUUUCUUUCUUGUCCAGUUUGCUGUCAUGACUUUGAUGUGGCCAUUCGUGGCCCAAUUUCCUUAGGAUGCGGUCAUACCAUAUGUCGUACGUGCCUUGCAAAUUUACACCGUAAACAGUGUCCAUUCGAUCAAAGUGUUAUCAACACGGAGGUAGAAAGAUUGCCAGUGAACGAGGCUCUUUUACAAUUAGUGGGUAAUUCGAUUCCCACAAAUGUUGCGACAGCUUAUCAAAAAUUGCUACCACCCGAAGACCAUGCCAAUUACUUGGUUGCCAAACGUUGCAUCGAGGAGCUUGCUUUGUAUCUCAAACCAUGUCAGGCGAAUCCUUCUUUAACUACAGGCGUGGGGCUAGUUUCGAGACCUAUGCAAAGGAAGUUAGUAACUCUGGUUGGUUGUCAAUUGGUUGAGCCAGAGGGAAGAGCACGUGCAGUAAGAGCAGCUAGAAGUUUGGGAGAAAGAUCGGUUACAGAACUGAUACUUCAGCAUCAAAAUCCGCAACAACUUAACGCUAACUUGUGGGCUGCUGUGCGUGCUCGUGGAUGUCAAUUCCUUGGGCCAGCGAUGCAAGAGGAAGUAUUGAAACUUGUUCUCUUGGCUCUGGAAGAUGGGUCUGCUCUUUCUAGGAAAGUGUUAGUUAUGUUCGUAGUUCAACGUUUAGAAUCACAUUUUCCUCAAGCUUCUAAAACGAGUAUAGGACACGUGGUACAAUUAUUGUACAGAGCGAGCUGUUUCAAGGUAUCCAAGAGGGAGGGAGAUUCGUCUCUGAUGCAGUUGAAAGAAGAAUUUCGAACGUACGAAGCUUUGAGAAGGGAGCACGAUGCUCAGAUAGUACAGAUCGCGACCGAAGCCGGGUUGAGAAUAGCGCCUGAUCAGUGGUCCGCGUUGUUGUACGGAGAUACCAGCCAUAAGUCUCACAUGCAAAGUAUUAUAGAUAAACUCCAAACACCGCAAUCUUUUGCUCAAAGCGUACAAGAAUUGGUCAUAGCACUUCAACGAACCCCAGAUCCUGGACAAUUGAGUAGCUUGAGACCGCAAUUAGAAUUGCUAGCUGCGAUAGAUCCUAACCCAGAAACAGACCCUCCUACGUUAGCAGAAUGUCGCGCAGCAUUAGAAGCCGUUAGAACCGUAGUCGCAGCGUUAGUAGAGUUCAUUCAGCAACACGGUAAUCGAAAAACACAGGACGGAAUCCAUAAUGUAGGUCCUGCUCAAUCGAAAUACAAAGUAAGCAUGUGUCGGGAUCUCGCACUCAGAGGAUCUUGUCCUAGAUCCAUCAAUUGUACAUUUGCUCAUAGUGAUAUGGAACUGGAUAAAUACCGUGCGAAAAAUCGGAAACUAAGCCUCAGGUCGAAUUUACCUGGCAACAAUAAUUCGGAUAUGAAAACGGAUAAGUCACUGAAUGGACUGAACAACAAGGCGUUCAAACAGAACGACGAUUUGUCUUAUCAUUCCAUAAAAUCGCACGACAAUAGUCACAGAGAGAGUGCGUAUAAUUGUGAAGUAAACGGUGAACGUUUGGAUCGAAGUUACGACGCUGUGUCUCUUUUAGAUUAUAAUUCUAUGAACAAAGUUAAUCCGAUGCAACAUCAUACCCCGGCAAAUGAAAACAAUUUUAUCGGUUCGUUAACAAACUAUGUGUUACCAUCUCCUCAAGGAAUGUUGCCUAUGGUACCUACGAAAAAUAUGGACGUGCAUUGCUCUCAUUAUAUCGUGCCCAACACACCUGUCGAUUACACGGCGCCUAAUCUUGGAAUGUGGGACUCGACGCAGAUUUCAUCUAAUAUGACCAACGGAAUUCCAAAUACCAAGAAGCAGAGGACAGUCGCGAAAACGUUAGCGAUGUUACUGCAACGUAGGAUGGAAAUCUUAAACCAGCUCGAGACAAUUGUUAACAAACAAGUACCAAUGAAAACGAAUUACGAUAUGCAAGGAGAUGCGUUGUCAUCGAACUUGUCCAUAUGGACAAACACAUCGAACAAUCCCAUGGUCCCAUCGACGAAUAUAAACUGCAACAACAACUUCCGCUGCGCAGAUCCGAUUUUGUUAGACGACGAAUUCGUACCGUUCGACGCGUCCUCUAAUAGCAAAUACGGACCGAUCUCUAAGCUGUCGAAGAACUUGAUCAGGACUACGAACGGUGUACAGACCAAUAAUUUCUACGCGGAGGGAGGAACACCUCCUGCGAUCUCAGCUUACCGACCCAUACCCAACGCGAACUCAAUCACGUCUUGGUACUACGGCAAUCAACCUUACGCUAUCGGAGCGAACGGAGGAAUACAGCCUAUAAAUAACACCGGCAUUGGAGACAGUUACAUUACCUUUGGUCGCAAUAUAUCUGACACGACGAUGCAACUACCGAGAGCAGACUGCAUGUCCAAAGACUUGAUCCUCGAAUCGCAAAAGGUUAAACAACAAUUGAAACACCUUGAGAAGAAGAUUAACGAUUUGAAGCUAGCUACGCAGGGAGCGACGUUCACUGCAGGUGAGAGGCUAGCGCAGGAAUUGCAGAUGAUCGAGGCCGGUAUCAGAGAAAAAGAAAAGGACGUGCGGAACUGGAGUCCAUAUGGCACCGUGCCUUGGAUUCAGUCGUCGAACAAUUUGCUUAGCCCUCAGAAUUUCAAUGCGGAUUACAAACCCGAGGAAGAGGAUACGUACGAGGCUGGGAUCGCGAAUGACAUGCGGGAGUUGGAGUUGCGAUGGGAAUUUGAGCUUCAGGAGCAGGAGAAACAUUGGUCGAGCGAGGAGGACAAUUCGAAGAAAUAAUAGUAAGAUAGUCGUAAGUCUUGCUACGUUUACUUCUUAGAUCUGACAAUGAUUCGGUCGAACAGAACAUGUCCUUUUGACAUGAUUUUAAUUGCCAUUCGCUCAUCGGCCACGUAUAUCUAAAGAAAACUGACUGAAAGUAAAUGAGGUUUUUACUGCUGCGUAAGAACAAUUCAACUUCCAUUCGAAAUCAUGAGGAGGUGACACGCGAAACGUUUAGAACACUUGUCGCAUAAAUACAAAAAGAAUUUAUUAUCCCUACUUUAAGUAAAACAAAUUUUCCUAUCAGUAUAGUGUGUAACGCGAAGUGGAUUUACUACUUUUCCAUUUACUAUGCCUUUAAUAAUCUUGAUAACGUAAUAUUCGUUCUUUAUCUAUGGGAAUGUAUUUUUCCUGGGAUUAUUACCAGCGUAACGAUUAAAAAGACUAGCUGUAAAUAUUGUAAUAUUAACGAACAAUUUGUUAAAUGCAUCAAAUCUCCUUCACGGUGGGAAAUAUUCGUAUUUAGUUGUGCAGGAAGUCUCAUCUGUUUGAUUUUCUAGCUGCAGUACAAGUUCGGUACUAAAACAACAUUGAAAAGUGAGAGUUAGCUGCCGCAUUGAAAUCGUGUUCAUAGAACCGUUGAAGGUCGAUUCAUGUUUCGUUACGAUCAUUGUAGCGGGAACAUGCGAUGAACGUAAAGGAAUUAAAAGCAGGCGAGAAUACAUUUGUUAAAAUUUAACAGAAAUUGACUGUGUCAGUGUUUUAUAAACAUGACGGGGUGUAGUAUAUUUUGUUUAUAUAUGUUUGCACAAUGAAGCAAAGGAAUAUUAUUAUAUUACUGAUACAUUCGGAAAGAAUGCUAUUUAACCCGCGGCGAGGUUACAGGAUUCAGAUAUACAGAUACAUAAUAUAGGUGUUAUGCAUACAUGAAAUUAACAUAUUCUGUUAAAAUUUUGCAUAAUUAAGAUAUACAUAUAUUGCUUCUAGUACAAAUACGUAUAUAUAUAUCUUAA